AUGGCCGUGAAAAAGAAGAGCCCUCCUACAGGAGGAGUCACGACAAAUACUAGCAUCCAGGCCCCGCCAUCACCAAAGAGUCAGCUAGAGUGGUGGGCGAAGACACGGAGUUUACUCUCCAGGGAAAAUACUAUAACUCCGACAUUUGGGUAUUUUCGACUUCUGUUUGGGACGCAGCCCGAAAAGACUGAUAUUGCCCUGAUCAUAAUUGGAACAAUUGCUGGAAUAGGCGCUGGUAUCCCGUUCCCCCUGCUUGGUAUUCUGUUUGGUGAAUUAGUCGACGAUCUGAACUCAUCGACAUGUUCGACUACCCAUGCUCCACCUGGUGGUUACCAGGCUGCUAUAACCACAAAGGUGCUACAAGUCAUCUACGUCUCGAUCCUAAACUUCGUGUGUAUGUACAUCCAUACUGGGUGUUGGAGCAUGGUUGGCGAACGCCUGGUGCGACGCCUACGAACCAAAUACUUCCACAGUCUUUUGAGGCAAGAAAUUGCCUUCACGGAUACACUGCCUUCGGGUGAUGUCACCUCUCGGCUGGUCAGUGAUAUCGAAGUGAUUCAAGCGGGAACGUCGGAGAAAGUAGGCCUGUUUAUCGGUACUAUCUCCUACUUCGUUGCUGCUUAUAUUGUAGCGUUUCUCAAAGUUGCUACCAUCGCGGCGAUGCUUAUGUCGGUUGUACCAAUCUACUUCCUAAUGGCUUUUGGCGGAGGACAUUAUAUAAAGAAAUACUCCAGCAGGAUUUCAACCCAUGUAAACGCUGCCACGUCAAUUGUCUCAUCCAGUUUGUCCCACAUGAGCAUUGUCCAUGCCUUCAAUGCGAAUGCCAGAUUGGAAGCCUUGUUCGCCCAGCAUCUCGUCAGUGCAAGGAUGGAUGCAUUGAAAAAGGCCAUUACCCAUUCUAUACAGUUCGGAAUGCUCUAUUUCGUAGCAUAUGCAUCAAAUGCACUUGCUUUCUGGCAAGGAAGCAGGAUGAUUGCUGAUCUUGCAGAUGGAAAACCCUCCAAAGUCUCAGUCGGUGCUGUUUACACCGUGAUAUUCGUGUUACUCGAUGCAUCCUUUGUUUUAAGUCAGAUGGCUCCGUUUAUGCAUAUCUUUGCUUCAGCAGCAUCUGCCGGUGAUAGGCUCAUGACCACGAUUAAACGCCAAUCCGCCAUUGAUGGAACUUCUUCUGAGGGUGACUCGACUAUUUCCUUGGCCUCGGAGGAAAUUGAGCUUCAAGACGUCACGUUCAACUACCCUGCUCGCCCUGAGGUGCCUGUAUUGCAAGGCGUGAGCUUUAAGAUCCCUCCGAACAAGCACACUGCCAUUGUUGGAACAUCAGGAAGUGGAAAGUCGACUGUUGUAGCACUGCUAGAACGCCUCUAUGAUCCAAUUACUGGCUGCGUCCGCAUUGGCAAUCGGGACCUAAAAGAAAUCAAUGUUCGACACCUACGUGGAAGCAUUGGUCUGGUUCAACAGGAGCCAAACCUGCUUGAUCGAUCUAUAUUGGAAAACAUCGCACACGGUCUUGUUAGCUCGUCACAAGAGAAACACAAACAUCUUCUCCCUACCUUACUUGGCUCAGACCUUUCUGAACUUACCGAAAAGAUACGUCAAGGUGCAAGUGAAGACGAAGCUGUAGCAGAGCACGGAGAUGUGGUUCAGGAAAUUGUCAACCUCGCUCGUCAUGCAGCUACCUUGUCUAAUGCGAUUGAUUUCAUUAAUUCAUUGCCAGACGGCCUAGCGACCAGGGUAGGUAGUGCUGGUGCAGAGCUGAGUGGUGGUCAGAAACAACGAAUUGCACUUGCUCGAGCCCUUAUCCGUGACCCUCCUCUGCUGCUACUAGACGAAGCCACGGCCGCUCUUGACUCUACCAGUGAGAGGUUGAUACAGGCUGCAUUGAACAAAGUGUCCGAGAAUGUCACGACUGUUUCAAUUGCACAUCGAUUGGCUACUGCCAAGGAUGCUGAUAACAUUAUUGUCAUGCAGAAAGGCAAAGUCAUGGAACAAGGCACACAUAUGGACCUUGUAGCUCGCGAUGGAGUGUAUGCUGGCAUGGUCCGGCUGCAGAACAUAGGAAAAUUCAGUUCCUCCAGCUCGAUCAUGACCGAGUCUACCCAGGUUGAAGUGAAUCCUGAUCAAACUCUCACCACUGCUGAUACCCUGAACAAGGGGGAGAAAUUCUCCAUUGAGAAAGAUGUUUUAGAAGAGGAGGUGAAGCCUGCUCAGUUAUAUUUACCCGAAGAAGCAGACAGCGUACCCACUGAACUCGAAGAGAAAAUAGAGAAGCCAAAACAGAGCCUGUGGGCUACGAUGAGAGGGUCAUUCCCACUCAUUCGUCCGAAUCUCCUGCUCAUUUCACUUGGACUGAUUACUUCUAUUAUGAUUGGUGUCAGCUAUACCGGUGAAGCCGUCAUAUUUGGUCACACGGUAGGCAGCCUAAGCGUCUGUCGAGGCGGUCCAAGCAUUCGAUCCAGCGGUAUGCUUUUUGGUCUACUCUUCUUCAUUCUUGCAAUUGUGAAAUUUGCUGCUGUUGUUGUGAACGGAGCUGCGUUUGGCUGGGCUGCUGAAAAGACGUUAUAUCGUACACGGGUUCUCUCUCUUCGUUCGCUGCUUCGUCAACCACUAGAAUGGCAUACUGCAGACGGGCGGACGCCUGGACUAUUGGUUGCCCUUGUUACGAGCGAUGCUUCGGCUCUUAGCAGCUUGACAGGUACAACUAUCGGUGUUCUUUUUUCCACCGUUGCCAACCUCUUUGCUGGUGUCAUUCUGUCCCAUAUCAUUGCAUGGAAGAUCGCUGUAGUCCUCUUGGCUACUUUACCUGUUUUGUUGGCUUCUGGAGUCCUUAGGCUGCGCGUCAUGGCUCAGUAUCAGAAAAAGCACCAAAAGGCGUACGCAAAGGCAACGGCUAUCACGGUUGAGACGGUUGACAAUAUCAAGUCAAUUGCAGCGUUUUCCCUGGAGCAAGAAGCCUACAGCGUCUUCAAUCGCUCCCUGAGAGCCCCGUAUAAGUCGAACAUGAGAUCCGUCUUGCACGGAAACUUCUGGCUCUCGCUGGCAUACAGUAUCAGCACACUAGUGUACGCACUGGCAUACUGGUGGGGAUCACAACAGAUUCUCGCAGGAAUGUAUACGCAAGUUCAAUUUUUUAUCGUCCUGCCCGCCCUACUGUUCAGCACACAGUCAUGCGGUCAGAUGUUCGCUCUUGUUCCCGAUAUCACCAAAGCCCGUAUUGCAGCUUCAAACAUCGUGGACCUCCUAUCCAUCAAACAUGAGGGAGACGAAGAAUACGACCAAGCUGGCUCAAAGGCCGGUACCAAAUAUACCGACCCACGAUUUAACAUGCUCGAGGAGAAGCCCAGAGACGUCGAGGCGCAGUUAAUUACCACUACACCCUCAUCUUUUCCUACAAAGGGCAUGGGCGUACAAUUCCACAACGUCCACUUCCGAUACCCCUCUCGACCCAACCAGCCUGCACUGGAUGAUUUGUCCAUCAACAUUGCCCCCGGUCAAUUCUGCGCUUUAGUCGGGCCCUCCGGUUCCGGAAAGUCAACUACUUUUGCACUAUUGGAGAAAUUCUACAACCCAGCCUCUGGCUCCAUCUUCAUUGACGGGGUAGACAUCACCAAGCAAGCUGGUGCUGCAUUCCGAGAUACCAUUGCCCUCGUACCGCAAGAGAACGUCAUGUUCGAGGGAACAGUGGCAUUUAAUAUCGGUCUUGGAGCUCGACCAGACGUUGAGGCCACGCAGGAAGAAAUCGAAGAAGCAUGUCGUCUGGCCAAUAUACACGAUACCAUCGCCGCGUUGCCAGAUGGAUAUAACACCGUCUGCGGGCAGGACGGAAAACAGUUCAGCGGUGGCCAGAGGCAGCGGUUGAGCAUUGCUCGUGCACUGGUCAGAAAGCCUAGAUUGUUAUUGUUGGACGAAUCGACUAGUGCUCUUGACGUUGAGAGUGAGAAGCAUGUUCAAGAUGCGCUGGCAAAGGUGGCUCGCAAGACCACUAUAGUAGCUAUUGCACAUCGGUUGAACACGAUUCACCGGGCUGAUAGAAUCUUUAUGAUCGAGGGAGGAAAGUGUGUCGAUCAGGGAACGCAUGCGGAGCUUGUGGAGAGAUGCGAGAGUUAUAGAGCGAAUGUGAUUCAUCAGUCGUUGGAUGCGUAA